AUGGCCCUCUUCCGAGACAUGGCGGGGAUACCCCCCCUCACAGCGUCCCCGGACGAUAGCGUCCUCAUCAUCAUCGACGCCCAAAACGAAUACGCCCAGGGCCUCCUCAAAGUCCGCGCCGUCGACCAAUCCCGCGCCGUCAUCUCCUCCCUCCUCUCCCGCUACCGUGCUGCGGCGCAGAAAUCCGGUAAGACGACCAACAUCGUGCACGUGGUGCACAAGACGCCCGAGGGCGCGCCGGUGUUCACGUCCGGCACGGCGCUGGCGGAGGAGUUUGAAGAGUUGAAGCCGCUGGCGGGGGAGAAGGUGGUGGUCAAGGAGCUGCCGAGUUCGUUUGCGGGGACGGGGCUGGAUGAGUGGUUGAAGGGCGAGGGGUGGAAGAAGGUGGUGCUGGUGGGGUAUAUGGCGCAUGUUUGUGUGUCGACGACGGCGAGGAGUGCGAAUGAGCUUGGGUAUGAUGUUGUGGUUGCGCAGGAUGGGGUGGGUGAUCGAGAUCUUCCCGGAUAUAGUGGUGAGGAAGUGACCAAGAUGGCUCUUCUUGAAAUUGCGGAUUUCUUUGGUACUCUGGUUGAUAGCAAGGAUAUUCGCUAG